UUCUUUUGAGUUUUGACGGUAGAGAGUAACGCCUGACGUAAAGUGACUUUGCCUCAAGCCCAUGGCCUCCUAUAAUAUUUGUGACUGAAAUUAUUUAUUUUUAUUUAUUCACAAAAAUUACAUACACUAUCCUUACAGUACGUAGCCAAUUGCCAGCCAACAAAUUGAUUUGAAUAGCGAAAGCACUACUUAGUAAUAAUUGUUGUAUUUCAAUUAAAUAUUUAAGAGUUGAAGUAAUUUAGAUUUUAAAUUUACAAUACCCGUGUAUAUAAUAUUAUGCACCACGAGGAAUGUUCGCAGUUCGAACAUAUUUUGGCCAUAGCUUUAAGUAAAAGGGUACAACGAUAGCCACUGCAAGGCUAUGGGUACACUACAGUAAAGUACCUGUACUAGUUUGAUACAGAGGUGAGACUUAUAAAUAUACCAUACUAUGUUAUUAUAGAUAUUAUAAUAUUUAUAGUAUAUGUACUAUACAAUUUGGAGGUCUAAUACAUAUUUCAAUUGCUAUGUAAAUAUGUAGAGCCAUCUGCGCACGCUUGAACUUGGCGCAUGGCAAAUAAUUCAGUGCAUUUAGGACAAGGUUUCUAUAUCAGCAUGGGUUGACGCAGUGCUCGAAAAUGCGCGGUGGAAGUUCAGAAAGGCUGGUCGUGCGAGCCUCUAGGCGUAGGGGCGAUACGCGUGCUAAACUAACGAGAUAUAUAACGAUAUCUUUGGCAGCUGUUCUCGGCGGUGGCAGCUCAGCCCUUCUUUUUCUGGUGCCACUUUACGCGGAUCCUGCCUUAAGUGCCCUAGCUGCGGAUUUCGAUCCGGUACCGGCAGAGUGCGUCACUGAACGAAGAGAUGACAGACUUGGCCUGGAUAAUUGCACCUGGGCAUCUUGUCGGGAAGGGUGCACCAGCGAUGCCUAUAAAUGCAUCCAGUUACAUGUAAAAUAUAAAGCGUAUGUUGAGGAUUGGCGCCCCGCAGUUCUAUAUGUCAAUAUCAAAGGUUGCGGAUACCCACCAGCCGUGAAUUGCGAAAAUUUCACGAUGAACUAUGGAUAUGUGGGUGCAAGAUACCCAUGCUUUUGGUCUCGGGCGGAUACGACAGUAGUAGUGCCAACAUGGUCAAGGGGAGAGCAGGUUGCGACGGUAACACGUACCCUGGCAUUACCUUUGUUUCUUUCUGGAUGUGCUGGUAUUGGUUUGUGCGCAUUGCAUUGUGAAUGUAGACCACGGCGUCGCCGACGGCCGCCUAGACGUCCCCCGCGCCUGCCUACUUUAUCAAUAGAUGAUACUACAGUUUAUAGGCUUGCUUAAGCCACAGUGGAAUUGCAUUUUAAUACCUACCUUAGGAUUCAGCGGCGACUUUCUUGAAUCGCACAUUAUUGAACCUCAUGUCUUCAAGCACAUAUAGAAUUGAUUUUACGUGUGAAGUAUACCUAAUUAUGUUUACGAAAUUCUUGUUUUAUUUAUCCCCUUUUUAAGAAACUUGCUUUGUACAUAUUUGUGUUAUGUAUCUUUGUAGGGUGACAUCACAAUAAAAAUAGAGAGGAAUAUAUCAAUAAUACAAGAAAGUAAAGAGUAAAUACUUUUAUUUCAAGUUGUAUCUUUAAAUUUUAUUCAACGAGUACAAAACUAUUUCCUUUAUCAAACAUACUCAGAGUAGAACCUUCACAUCAGUCUUUAAGCAAUAUAAUUCAUUUUUGCUAAUUUUACCAUCGCGCCAACCAUUUAGGCCUUAAUAACAGGGUUGCGACAAUAUGUUUUAAGAAUUAAAUUCACUUUUAACAAAAUAAUUGAAAGUAUGGCAAUCUAUUUUA